AUGGAUGAUAAAGAAGAAUUGCAUCUAACCUCUCAGGAACUACAAGUAUUGUCAGAACUUGACAGUCGUCAAUUCGGGUUUCUUAAACUUCGUGGAAGUGAACAUGUCAGAACGCGAGCAUUGGUCCUCAAGGCAGUCAAGUACCUGGAAGGCAUGUUGGUCCAAGUUAAGGAAGAAGAGAGAGCGUGCUCACCUGGGGCACGGAGAGACAUUUGUAUAGAUCCAAAAACAUAUUGUAAAUUAGGACAUUUUCACUUGCUUCUUGAAGAUUAUGCAAAAGCUAUGUCAGCCUAUCAGAAGUUUUAUGCAUUAGAACCUGACAAUUGGAAAGAUCCUCUGUUUCUGUAUGGAUUAGGCUUAUGCUACUACCAUUACAAUGCCUUCGAGUGGACCUUCUCUUCUUUGGUACGUUUGGAGGGACUCUGGGAGCUCCAACGAAACGCACCGGUGUCCCUCAGUACUGAUCGAGACCACUUCGUGCUGGUGCCAAUUCAUGUCCCCUUUUAUUCGCCUUAUCCC